CCCUCGGCCUCGGCGGCCGCUGUCAACGCCGACUUCAUGAGCAACCUGAGCCUGCUGGAGGAGCCCGGGGACUUCCCGCAGGCGCCCGGCUCCGUGGCGGCGGCCGCAGCGGCGGCCGCAGCGGUGGCGGCGGCGGCGGCUGCAGCUGCCGCCACCGGGGGUCUGUGCGGGGACUUCCAGAACCCGGAGCCGGGCUGCCUGCACUCGGCGCCGCCGCAGCCUCCGCCGCCCGGGCCGCUGUCUCAGCACCCGCCGGUGCCCCCAGCCGCCACCGGGCCGCUCGCCGGGCAGCCGCGAAAGAGCAGCUCGUCUCGCCGCAACGCGUGGGGCAACCUGUCCUACGCCGACCUCAUCACCAAGGCCAUCGAGAGCUCAGCGGAAAAGCGGCUCACGCUGUCGCAGAUCUACGAGUGGAUGGUCAAGAGCGUGCCGUACUUCAAGGAUAAGGGUGACAGCAACAGCUCGGCGGGCUGGAAGCAGCUGUCUAUAUUUGCCUGGAAUUUCUUUGGAGAGCCUGAAUUAUUUGCAUUUUUCUAGAACACUCUGCCCUUGGAAACUACCCAGUACCCUGGCAUCAUGAGAAUUUAAUCGGCUGUUUUUUUUUUCCUCCCCCCUGUAUGUGCCAUAACUUUGGGGCUUCCUGGAAUCCUUUUGGAGAAGCACUAUAAACCCAGUGGUGAUUGGAGAGAGCAAAGGAGUGUUUAGUUGUACAGAGCAUUGGAACUUUGAGUAGAGUGGAUCUAGCCUUGGUUCUUUCAACAUUUGCCUUGGCCUUCAUAAUACAACUUGUAGAGACUUGCCC